CUAUUAAAUGUUCUGCAUGUCAAAUAUCUAGAAACAAUAACAAACCAGCCAAUGGAACAAGCAUCGUGCUUAGCAGAUGGUGUUAUUUAAUAACUGUGCCGGUAACUGAGUUUAGCAAUGUUUUCAAUAUUAAUUCACGGAUUAAGAUCCACACUGCCUCGACAACCGCGGCGUAUGAAUGCGGCUCUGUUUCAUGGUUCGACUGUUUGCAAUGCUGAAGAUGUUGCUACUGUGCAAAAAGCUAAGAUAAGCAAAGCAAUGAAAGCUUACUUGGAGCGCGCUAAAGAACAUGAAAGCUGUAUGGAAACUGCACGGUUAGAGUAUAAGCUGGGCAAAAGACAUUUAGCCAACAUGAUGGGAGCGGACGUGGAAAACUUUACUCAGCAAGAUAUCGACCAAGCGGUGCAAUAUUUAUUCCCAUCCGGUCUCUAUGAUCCAGCGGCAAGACCCACAAUGAAGCCGCCGGAAGAAUUCAUUCCUAAAACAAAGGGUGCUGAAUUCGAUGAAACAGGUCGCCCGUUUCACACGUUGUUCUACACGGGAAGGCCAAAUUUCUUUCAACUGCUCUUUGACACCGUUGAGAAUAUCAAGAAACUUAACGCAUUGGAAGAUGCCACCAGACUCAAAGGUAAAUCGCUAGAUUCGGUGGGAAAAACACUAGACACAACGGGCUCUGAAUGGCUGCCUAAAGAAUUGUUGGAAAAGAAAAUUGUCGAGACCAUUUCUGACAUAGAGUAUGAAAACUUUGUUAGUGCUAUGUCCCGUCUGGUUAGCCAUCCACUGUCAGAGCGUGCUAAAGGGUUUAUUAACGAAUAUAGGAAACCCUUAAUUUCCAAGCUCGAAAACGAUACCAUUCCUGCCCCAUUACACGAUGCCGAUGGUCGACAGUACGUGACGAUAUAUGAAUGUCUACGUAAAACUGCCCGAGCAGACGUGACUGUGAAAUUUCCGGGAAUCGGCAAAAUUGAAGUAAAUGGACAGGAUUUACGCACCGUAGGAAAUAUACAGCAACGUGAACAGGUUCUUUUCCCGCUGCUAUUUACCAACAUGAACGGAAAAGUUGAUAUUUCGGCUAAUGUUUCCGGUGGUGGAACUUCAUCACAGGCAGGUGCUGUACGAUGGGGCAUUGCGAUGGCGUUACGUAGUUUUGUGGAUGCUGAGCAAAUUGCUCGUAUGCGAGUUGCUGGUCUAUUGACUCGCGACUAUCGCCGCCGAGAACGCAAGAAGCCGGGACAAGCAGGUGCUCGCAGGAAAUACACUUGGAAGAAACGUUAAAAACAGGUGGUAUUGUAACUUCAGGAAAAUGGAUACAGAUUUUGAGCGACAGUGGAAUAAAUAAAACGCUUUAGUGCUUGUAGAAAUA